CCAACAAAACAACAAACCAUCAUGAAAUACCUGAUCUUCCUUUUAGUAGUCUCUGCUGCAGUUUUGGCUGAAGAGGAAGUCAAGAAACCUGCCAAAAGGGGAGCGAUAGGCUACGGAUACGGAGGAUAUGGACUGGGUUAUGGAGGAUAUGGAGGAGGAUAUGGGGGAUAUGGAGGGUACUAUGGAGGGCAUUAUCCAUACUAUUCCACGUAUUACACACCUGUGGUCAGCAAAGUUUCGUACGGGAUAGGACACGGGUACUAUGGUGGUUCUUAUCCUUAUUAUGGUGGAUAUCAUGGUUACGGUGGUUACGGCGGUUACGGUGGUUAUUAUGGAUAUGAUUGGUGAUUUGUAAAAUUUUGUAAAUAUGUAAUUAUCAAAGUGUAAUUUUAAUUUAAAACUGUAUUGUAAAAAACAUGAACGAUGUACAAUAUAAUAUUUAAAAUCUAUAAA